AUGGGGAUAGUGGGCGUCUUGAGGCUAACCAAGAACAUGCCACGGAGGCUCACCGAGGCCAAUGUUUAUAGCCGUGAAGGCGGCGCGGUGUACCCAGACGGUGUGGCGAUUAUGUCGAGACAGGAGUAUAUGGCGAUGGUGAAGAAGAUGACGGAUCUGGAGGAGAAAUGCAACUCCAUGGAUGCUCAGGCUGCGGUUUCUCGAGAGAGGGAGAAGGUCCUCGACGCUGCAUUUCUUCGUGUUCACCAGCUCGAGCUUCAGUUGUCUGAAACCAAGAAGGCGUUGGACGAGACAAUGACGAGGCAACAUGAGAUGAUGGCUUACAUGGAGAAGAAGAAGAAGAAGAGGAAG